AUGGUGCAAGUCACGUUAAUUUGUGCGAUCGUUGGAUUACCUCGAAGUACUUUCGUCGUGGAUGUCGACACGAAUGAAGUGGUGGGGAUUUUGAAAAACGUGAUCAAGGAGGAGAACGCAGUGGAUAUCUUGUGCGAUGCUAGAGGGCUGCGGCUCUUCCUGGCGAAAAAAGAUGGGGCGUGGCUGCGAGACGACGGUGAUUUGGACAAUUUGAUUCAGACCGAAGGAUUUCUCGAUGGGAUGGAGGAGAUGCGCGCGUCGUGGCGAUUAGGAAAGCCCAGUCUGUUUGGUACUGGCGUCUUGCUAGGAAAGAAGGUGGUCCACGUGCUGGUGAUGCUUCCGCCGACUAUGGCUAGUCCGUUAGGCUAG